AAUAACUGGCAGCACAGUAGCCGCGAGAUGGCGCUAAUGAAGCUGGAUGAGAUACACAUGGCUGACACGACGGGUCGAGUCCUGAGCUGAGAGAUGACUUGAAAAGUUUGUUUUUGACGCUAUUCGACAAUAUAUCUGCAUCAGACCAUAAUUCUGCUUAAUCAAAACGGAGUCAUUUUACGGUAGGUAACUAUCAGCCUCUAUGACAGCAUUUCUCUAGACAGAGGAAGAAGCAACAACUUCAAAGGUCAAAUGUCCGACAGGGUGUCGGGUCAUGGCCCAGAGGAUAAUACAACAGUGUCCUUCUCAACUAAGCUGCUAGAUAGUCCAUCAGUGAAGUCCUUUCUUGGUGGGGUCAUAAGCAGUACCAGUUCCUGUAUCCUCCUGCAGCCAUUAGACCUGGUCAAGACUCGCAUCCAGUCCGCCCGUACCGCAGCACAUCGUCAUCGGGGGCCCACCACACCCCGCCCCAAAGGUCUGCUUGCUACUACUGUCGAUGUGGCGAAGAAUGAGAGGGUCUUUGGCCUGUGGCAGGGAUUAUCACCUUCACUGUUGAGAACUGUGCCUGGAGUUGGACUUUAUUUCUUAUCUUUACACACCAUUCAGACAACGCUUGGAUGGACUGAACUGAGUGCUUCACAAGGCUUGCUCGUAGGUGCUCUGGCAAGGUGCAUUGUGGGUACUGCCUUACUACCUGUGACUGUGGUAAAGACAAGAUUUGAGAGCAAACAGUAUUUUUACAGAGGGAUUGCAAGUGCACUUAGGAAUAUACACAAGCAUGAAGGAUACAAAGGUCUGUACAGCGGGCUGUCAGCUACUCUCCUUCGCGAUGCUCCUUUCUCCGGUCUUUAUCUGGCUUUCUACACCCAAGCCAAGCUUCUUGUACAUUCAGCUUCCAGCCAGGUGACGAUUCCUCUUCACUUUGCCUGUGGUGUAGCUGCCGGUAUUCUUGCCUCUUCCGUCACUCAACCUUUUGACCUCGUCAAGACAAACAUGCAGCUGAAUCCUUACAAGUACCCGACCUUUAGGUCCACUUUCAAGGCAAUUAUCAAGAACCAGGGUGUGACAGGCUUGUUUGCUGGCAUGGUCCCAAGAUGCAUCAGGAGAACUCUAAUGGCUGCAGUCACAUGGACAGUCUAUGAAGAGAUGAAGGUCAGGCUGAAUCUGAAAUGAGAUGUCAGAAAAGAAGCCCCCACAAAUUUUGCUGAAAUGACUUCAGGAACUGAUACAAUGUGUGUGACGGUCAUAAGAGAUGUAUGUACAUAUUUUAAAGAGCAUUUAAUUGGAAAUAACGUGGAGACAGUAGAAAAUGCUAUGUCCAAAAAGCACAGUGCGGCAUCGUUAGCUGCAAAUAAUGAAUGAAAUUAGUACAUUUAUUUGUUCAUUGUUUCUAUUUCAGCUUUCAGUUACUUUUCAUGAUACUAUUUUAUUGUGAAGUUGUAAUUGAAUGUAAACUAACCUACUUUGGGAAUUGAUAAUUUAGUUAGUUUAGAUUAUUGGACAUUGAACAAUUCUCGCUGGAACAUGAGUUGUACAACUAGUGAAUGAUCCAAUUCAUUAUUUUGCUGAAUAGUACAGUUUGUACUUUCAUUUUCAUUGUGGUACAUGAUAAUCAAAGCUAUAUUUUUUAUAUUCUAAUUGCUAUACAUUUAAUUGUGAUUUGAAUGAUCAAGAGGGUCAGUUUGUACUGUAUGUUACAAUAGUUUUGCCAGGGUUCAAUAACCAGUAUCUGUUAAUGACUCAGUUACUCAACUGUGUUUAUUAGUGACCACCUGUAUCACAUGAUUUAGUGUCCUUGAAGCACACAUUUGUUUUUGGUUUCCCUGAACAGCAUUUGCAGUAAAACCUGUGUAUUAAGUAAACUGUACAUAAAGACCACCUGCUUGAAAGACCACAUAUUUUGUCCCACUGAGCAGUCUUUAUUCACAGGUUUCACAGUAAAAGUAAUUGGUUGAAUUUAAUGAUUAGUAACAAGCCACCUUCAAAUAGUAUCAAUAUAGGUCCAUGAUCAUUAUGCAGUGCUUGACCAUUAUUAUUUGUAAUCAUAUGCU